AUGCCUAUCAUUCCCGAGCCCGAAAACUUCCCUGAGGUCACCCAGAAGAAAGGCAACGAGCCUCAGAGUAAAUCCGAAGACAAGCCAAAAGCUUCAGCUUUCGACCAUCUAUCCAAGGGACCACAAAUUCCUGAAGAGAUGCCGCCAACGGCCUCACACGAAGAAAUUGAGGCACGCAAGAAGGAGCUCAACAAGUCCAAGAAAGACUGA